CCUACACGUCUCCUUAGUCGCGACGGAGAACUAACUGAUGUACUGAGCUCGAAAAAAAAAAAAGGGCUGUGAACUGCUGAAAGAUUGAAAAUUUCUUUCCAUUUCUGGCAAAUAAUUGCAGAUGUUUUCUCUGCGAUUCUCUUUUCGUUCUUUACCAUUUAAGGAAAUCCUAACUCCUUUCUCUGUAGUCUUUCCGCAAAUCCUCUCUUCUUCUUCCUCCCUUGGAAAAACCCCUAGAAAUGUCCUGCCUUCCUCGAGGAGAUCGAUCCAGGAGAUCCCACCGUCUGCUUCUAGAUUUGAAAGUCCAUCAACGGCAUUGGAUGGAAACACGUCUUCUUUCUCAGGGGUUGAGGAUGCCUUGCUUGGCUUUAUCUGUGGCAAGAGAAAGGUGACAGAGGUGGCUCACUCAGUAUGGAAACAUGUCAUCUGCAAAGGAGAUACAGUGGUAGAUGCUACCUGUGGCAAUGGUCAUGACACCUUGGCUCUGCUGAAAAUGGUAGCUGAUGAGUCAGGGAAGGGUUGUGUUUAUGGGAUGGACAUUCAGAAUUCUGCUCUGGAGAAUACUUCCUCUUUACUGGAUGAAUCAGUCGACCCAAAGGAGAAGGAGCUGGUUAAACUCUUCCUUCUCUGUCAUAGCAGAAUGGAGGAUGUAAUUCCCGAAGGCACCUCUGUUAGGCUUGUAGCGUUCAACUUGGGUUACCUUCCGGGAGGCGACAAGGCGAUCAUUACAACAUCAAGAACGACAUUGCUGGCAUUGGAGGCUGCAAGUAGAAUUCUAGGAUCUGGAGGACUCAUCAGUGCAAUGGUUUAUGUGGGCCAUCCUGGUGGAAGGGAGGAAUUGGAGACUGUUCGAGCUUUUGCUUCCAGAUUACCAGUCGAUGCCUGGGUCUGCUGCAAGUUUGAGAUGCUGAACCGGCCAAACAGUCCGGUCCUUGUUUUCUUGAUCAAGAAGUGAAAUGCAAGUGGGAAAAGAAGCUGAAAGAUCUGCACCUUUGAAAUGGGGGUGGAUUGCUUCAUUUUCCUUCAGUGCCGGAUCGAUCUGUCCCACUUUACUGGCUUGGCGUAUCAACAGGUACUGCAAGGCAUAUCCUGCUAAUUUUUUUAAGUGUUUUUUGGGCGCGUUUGGGUAAUGCAAAAAUUGUAAUUUACCUGGUAUUUUCCAAGAUGGAUAUUUUUGUAGUUUCAUUUUAAA